UGAAGGCUGAUGGGAUUGGGUGAGCAAUCAAAGCGUUUGUUCCCUCUCUCAUCCUUGGAUACCUUGAACAGUGACACAGAGCUGCGUUAUUGAGGUGGGCCUUGCCCCCUUCUUUUUCCUCGGUGAUGGAAAACACCCGCUGCUUUGCCAACCCCUUCUCCGACUACAAAGGUGUUCUGCUCCUGGGCCAGGGUGCGGAGGUCGUCGUGCCCGCCGUCGUUGCCACGGUCGAUAAAAUCCUGAAGAAGAUUCCCGUCGACCUCAGCGACUGCGACGGAGGGCUGUACGAUGGGCCGGCCGGGGUGGCGUACAUGCUGUAUCACGUCAGCGAGUGUCCGCUGUUCUCCGAGCACCGGGACGUCUACCUGAAGACAGCCAAGCAGAUCAUCGACGCGUCGGUCAGAUCCGUGGACAUGGAGCCGGACAAAAACAUGCGCGCCGCUUUUCUGCUCGGCGGGGCGGGCAUCUACGCCGUGGCCGCUAUGAUAUACAAGUCACUGGGCUUGGCCGAUUUCGUCAAGCCCCUGACCAAAUUUCGUAACCUGUGGGAGGUGUGCGCGCCCAUUCAUUUCCUGGAGUGCGGCUCGGAUGAGCUGUUCGUGGGACGGGCCGGGUACCUGUGCGCCGCGCUGGUCCUCAAACAGAAGCUGGGCAUAGAGAUCCUAAGCAAAGAUCAAAUCAAAUCUAUUUGUCAGGCCAUCAUCGAGUCAGGAAAACAGUAUGCCAGAAGGAAAAGAAAGCCCUUCCCACUCAUGUAUUCAUACUAUGGGACAGAGUACCUUGGUGCAGCCCACGGCCUCUCGUCAGUGCUGCAGAUGCUCCUGAGCUACCAGGACAUGCUCAGCGGGGCCGAGAGGGACCUGGUGUGGCAGAGUGUCGACUUCCUCAUGAACCAGGAGCAGAACUGCAACUGGCCCGCGGAGCUUGGAGCCAUCAUCGAGAGAGAGAACGAGCUGGUGCACUGGUGCCACGGAGCCCCUGGUGUGGCGUAUCUUUUUGCCAAGGCCUAUCUGAUCAAUAAGAAGCCUCAGUAUCUGGACACGUGCAUCCGCAGCGGAGAGCUCGUAUGGCAGAAGGGCCUGCUGAAGAAAGGACCUGGGAUUUGCCACGGAGUUGCGGGCAGCGCUUACGUCUUCCUCCUGCUUUAUCGGCUCACGGGCAACUGGAAAUACAUCUACCGUGCUCAGAGGUUUGCAGAGUUCCUCUACACCGAGGAGUUUAAGACAGGCUCGCGUUCCGUGACCAGUAUCUACAGUCUGUUUGAAGGCCUGUCGGGGACCGUUUGCUUCCUGGUUGACCUCCUGCAGCCGGACCAGUCAGAGUUCCCUCUUUUCAGCGUCUUUGUGUGAAUGGACCCCAGGAUUACUGCUGUUCACUGAACCUGAACAGACAUCACUCCUUCCCUCUGGACCAACGGAAACCGGGAAUUGACGGCUGCGAUCGAAACGGGAGCGGAGGGAUGGACGGCUUCUGUCUGGGGUUUAGAAAAAUAAAAUAAGUUGCAGUACUUGUUUUUUGUGAGGGUGUUAAGCUUCCAGGCUUUAUCUGUUUCAUUGCACUUACUGUGACAUCGCCCAUCGUAGUCGACUGCACUAAAGCGAAGGCUUUCAAACUGAGAGUUAAACGUAAUGUAAACCUGCUCAGAACUUAUCGUGACUCCGUAACUUGUCUGAGGAUCUUCAGUGUGCUUCAGUUUCAAAGUAAAACGGUGAUAGUUGUCGGUACGCUGCAAACGAGAACAACUUACAGCUAUUUUGGCAAAUUAAAACUACUGAGCUCAAUUUGUAGGCCACAUAUCUGAUUAAGAUUAUUCCCGUUGACAUCCCCUCAAAGUCCUCAAAUUACGGUAACUGUUAUCAGUUUUGUCUAAAGGAACGGGAGACGAGGGCACACUUGGCGAUUUUGAAAACGCUGCACUAAAGUUUUAGGAGUUAGGGAAAAAGUGAUGCUCUGAGUACCUUGAUUGAAACUGCAUCUACCAAGAAGCAGCUCUCAGGUUGGACAAACACAUCGAUGUACAUUAUUGACAGCUGAACGUAACCGCACCAAAGUCGUACACAGACACACUAAAAAAAAACAACAACAACAACAAAAAAAGAAAAACAAACAGGCUGAAAAUAGAGAAAAACAACUGUCACAUAAUGCCUUUAAAUAAAUUUUCUACAACUUCACCAGCUCAUGUAUUGCAGACCUUUGAGUUAAUGUUUUUAGGCGAUUACUGAAAUUUCUGCUCUCACAACCUUUAAGAUUUUGAUACUAAACCUUUAAAGUCCUCAGAACUAGACUAGACUAGGUAGAAAGGAACAAACAGUUAACGCUGAAGGGAAUAACUGUUGUAUGUUGUCCUAAUGAAAGUCUUGUUUAAACAGAGUUAGUUCAUGUAGCAGUUUGUAUCUUUUGAUGUUUCAAACUGUGUUGGCUACUGUGUGGAUAAUUUUGAGUAUUGAUCGGGUAUGUUGUGAUGUAUUUCAUCUUUUGCCUUGUGUAAAAACAAAAAAAAGUGUUAAUCUGUAGCUUUGUGAAGGUUACAAAGAGCAAAACGUGUUAGUCAGUGUGAUAAUUUCUUCCAGUUCAGUCUGUUCAAGUGGAAAGUAAGUUCCGUGAUUUAGUCGGUGGUGGAUUUAUUUUUACUAAAUGUGAUGAGGCCUUACGGACGGAUUUCCUGUGUUUGGACAUGACAACGUGUCUCAGAGGCAAAAGCAGGAGGACGGCAUUGGAAAGUGGCAAUGCUUUGGAUAGCAUUUAUGAACAUUGAGCUUGUGUUGGCUUAAAAGACAAAAUAUAAAGGCCUGUGAAUAUCAGCAAACCAAAGCAGUAUCCCAGCGCUAACUGUGCCUGUUGUGGAACAUUAAUGAGCUCUGUGUGUGUGUGCUGUUUUUUGCAUAUGCAAUCAAAGCUGUUCAAAAUAUCCUACAGGGUUAUUGAUAUUAAUAAAGUGUCCAGGUGAAAAAAAAA